ACGACAGCCUAGCCGAUUAACUCGGACAAAAAAUUUCUCGUUGCAGAAAUUACCUUCAUUAUAUUGUUACCUUCUCUCAAACACUAUAGCGUUUAUUGUAGUACAUCUCAUAUUGUCGCGUCGGCGUCGUCGUUGUGAUGUAGUUAAAAUUUACUUCUCGUCUGGUACAUAUUAGGUACCAACAUCCAGCACCGGAAAUAUAUCAAUCGUUUGAUUGACCAUUUCUUCGUUCGCCUCAGCUGUGUCUCGGCCAUUCGAAAUUGUAAAAAAAUGAACCAGUUCGCAGCCUGCUUUUUACUUUUCUGGAUAUCCGUCUACCUUAUUGUUGUGAAACCAGUUCGAGCCAACUUUCGUCUUCAGAUACUGCACAACAACGAUUUACAUUCCAGAUUUGUUGAGACAGACGAAUACAGCGCAUCGUGUCCCGAAGAGUACGUCAAACAGAAUAAAUGUUACGGAGGAUUUGCCCGAAUGAAGAAGGCCGCUGAUGAUGCUCGACAGCAGGCUAAAAACCAAGGAGUACCCAGCAUCUUCAUCAAUGCUGGUGACAUCUUCGAGGGCACACCUUAUUAUACGAUCUACAAGUGGCAAAUUGCCUCCGAAUUGAUUGAUAAACUUGGACUUGACGUUAUGACACUGGGUAAUCACGAAUUCGGCAACGGAAUUGACAACCUAGUCGAGUACCUGAAACAUAUAAAAACACCUGUUGUUUGCGCCAAUCUGAACAUAACCAGUGAAAAACGAUUAGAUUUGCCGAUCCUGACACCGUCAAAAGUUCUAACAAUAGAAGGAAGAAGAAUUGGAGUUAUCGGAUACUUGACACCAGAAACAAAAGUUCUUUCAAAUACGGAAAAUUUAGAAAUAUUCGAAGAAAUACCCUACAUACGACGCGAAGCGCAGCGUUUGAAGUCCGAAGGGGUCAAUAUCAUUAUCGCAUUAGGACAUUCGGGAUUCGAUUACGACAAGAAAAUAGCUACAGAGGUAGAAGAGGUCAGCUUGGUCGUGGGUGGUCAUUCCCAUUCCUUAUUGUAUACACCAAAGGAUAAACCACCUAGUGUUGAUGCGGUUACAUCAGAAUACCCAACUAUGGUGGUUCAAAAAUCUGGCAAGAAAGUGCCCAUUGUCCAGGCGUACGCAUUUUGUAAAUAUUUAGGCAAACUAAUGGUCGACUUCGAUGAUAAAGGCAAUGUACUCAGCGCAACUGGAAACCCGCAGAUUCUCGAUUCAACAGUUCAGAAAGAUCCAGAACUUGACAAAGAAAUAGCCAAAUGGACUGCCUCGAUCAACGAACAAAUUCGCACAGUCAAAGGAUACACUCGUACUUUUUUUGAAAAGUCGAUUUUUGAACAGGGUAAAUUGGAAUCGAGCGCGGCUAAUUUGAUCACAGAUAUGAUUGUCGAUUAUGGAGUGCAACUAGCGAAAGAACGUAAAGACAGAACAUGGACCAAGACACCCAUAGCAUUUUAUCCAAAUGGAGGCAUUCGUUCUGUCAUAGAUAAUAAAAAGAAUGACGGAGCUUUAACGGUAGAAGAUUUAAUGACCUUUUUGCCAUUUGAAAAUAAAUUCGUCGAAAUGAAAUUGCGAGGAAGUACUAUCAAAAAAGCUUUGGAAUUCGCAGUAUCUACGUAUAACCCGGAUGAUACCUUUUACAAACCGAGUUAUUUCCUUCAUUUUUCAGGACUCAGAGUUGCGUACGAUUUUACAAAACCAUCAGGCCAACGAGUCGCAUCGGUGACUGCUUUAUGCGGAGAAUGCGAUAUUCCUCAAUACCAGAAGCUUCAAGAUGACGAGAUAUACGGAAUUAUAACCAUAUCCUACUUGGCCGAAGGAGGAGAUAAAUUUGAUAUGCUCAAAACCGAAUCCAUCAAUAAAACAAUUUUAAGUUCCUCGGAUACAAAUACACUUAUGGCUUACGUGGAAAAAAAUCGAGUAGUAUACCCUAUUUUGGACAACCGAAUCACCGUAACUGGAUUCAAAUUGAGAGAUCCAAAAGCAUCAUCUUCGACUCGAGUAGUCUCAUCUCAUCUAUCAUUAUCAUUGAUCACGAUUUUUGUUCCGUUGCUGGUAUUUGUGCAAUAAAAUACGACGUGUUCAGUACCCUAA